GUCCGAUUCCAAAAGCACAAAAGAGAGAUCCAACAUGAUAAUCACAAUGGAUCCUACUAUCAUGGGCGUGAGAAACCGGUGCUUGGAAAAUACCUAAACAUCUCUACAAACUUAUUUAGAAAUUAGAAUUGGCGCGCGCUUGGGAUUCCAAAGUCAAUAGCGAAAAAACAAAGCUGCUAGGUAUAACGUCUCAAUCGCGCUUCGUGGCAGACAAAUAUACAAAUCAUCAAUACAUCAGAUCAGAUCAUCAUAAUUUUUAAAAUAAUCAAUCUAUCAAUCUUACUACAGAGAGACCCUAAUCCCAAACUUUCCUGCAGCUAUAUCCUUCUCUCCCUCUCCGAUGCCAAACCUCCCCCCCCUCUCUCGAUCGCCUCCGUUAAUGUUACAAUUAUAUGGACAGCUCCGGCGUCGGCGAUUCUCCGAAAUUACCGCCGGAUAAGGAGAGAGAUGCGGAGUCGCCAUGGCCGCCGGUCGUGGUGGAGGCGGAGUGUUUCUCCAAUGUCCGGCUCACAGACGCUCCCAUACUUUUGUUUGUUCAUUUCCACAAGGCACUGCGGGUGGAGAUAGCUGACCUCCGCCGUCUGGCAGUCACGGCCUCCGAGGCUGAGAGUGAGGCUCGUCGACCCGAGCUGGUAGUUGAGCUCCGUCGAAGAUUCGAUUUUCUCAAACUUGCGUAUAAGUAUCACGCAGCUACCGAAGAUGAGGUUAUCUUUCUUGCAUUAGAUACCUGCAUUAGAAAUGUUGCCCAUACAUAUUCGCUUGAGCAUGAAAGCAUCAAUGACCUCUUUGGAACUAUUUUUCAUUGGUUGGACCGAUUGGAGGAAAAUAAAAGUGGUUUGAAGCCCUUUGAGGAACUUGUAGUUUGCAUCGGCACCAUGCAGUCCUCCAUUUGUCAGCAUAUGCUGAAAGAAGAAGAGCAGGUUUUUCCUUUGCUUAUGCAGCAGUUCUCUCCCAGUGAACAGGCUUCACUUGUGUGGCAGUUCAUUUGCAGCGUCCCUGUGAUUGUGCUGGAGGAUUUGUUGCCAUGGAUGUACUCCUUUUUUUGUCCAGACAAACAAGUGGAGACUGUACAAUGCAUCAGACAAAUGGUACCCAAGGAAGAAUCAUUGCAAGAGGUGGUAAUUUCUUGGCUCCUUAGAAAUGAUCAAUCCUCUCCUGGGGCUUGCAUCAGGAUUAGACAAGGAAAUCAGGAUGUACCCAACAAGAUGAAAAGCAUAAUGCAAUUGCAAUCCUCUAAGAGGCUUUUGGAACAAAAUCAACAAAGAAGGAAACAUUGUGUCCAAACUGACGUUGGAAAAAGUCUGGUUGAUUAUCUACAUCUUUGGCAUGUUGCCAUCCAGAAAGAGUGGAAAGAAAUUUUGGAAGAGCUGUAUCAGAUCAGAACCUUAAUCAAUGCUUUAACUGUAGAUUCAAUACUCUUCAGGCUGAAAUUUCUCGCUGAUGUGAUUAUCUUUUACAGCAUUGCAUUGAAGAGGUUCUUUUACCCUGUGUUAAAGCUUGAGAACAAACACAUGUUCACUUCCUCCAAUGAGCAGUCCUCCAUUGAAAAUCACAUAGAAAGCCUACACAAGUUGCUGUAUUGUCAAAAGGACUUACCAUCGUGCAAGUUUGUAGAGAAGCUUUGCCAAGAAAUGAAAUCUUUGGCGAUGGAUCUUACCAAACAAUUUAUUUUUUAUGAAACCGAGGUAUUUCCCUUUAUUAGCAACAACUGCAGCCUUGAAACACAGCUGCAGAUCUUGUACACGAGCCUUCAUGUUAUGCCACUGGGGUUACUGAAGUGUGCAAUCACUUGGUUUGCAGUUCACUUGUCUAAAAAUGAAUCCAGGCCCAUUCUUGAUAGCAUGAAUUUGAGAGAUAUUUUAGCCAACAAAUCUUUCACUUCCCUUUUACUUGAGUGGUUCCAAAUAGGUUAUUCAGGCAAAACCUCCAUGGAAAAUUUCUGCAAGGAUUUGGAGAAAGUGUUCAGGAGCAGAUAUUCUAUUCUACCUGAGCAAAUCAAGGAUGUUGUUUCCUUAUCCUCACAGACUCAGACUUGUAAGGAAUCUAAAUCUAAUAAUAUAGAACUGGUCUCUGCGAAGAAGGGUAAAAAUUUUCUUUCUUAUGCUUUAUCUCCUGGUUCCCACAGAGGUAAGGCAUGUGAAACAUCUUACACUAGCGAAAUAAAUCUGCACAUAUUUUUUCCUGGGACAUUAUGGGCAUCGGAUGCUUUUCUUAAAUUGCCUGGUGGAGAGAGUUCUUCAGCUCCAACUAUCAAUCAACCAAUACCGAUGGAUUUCAUUUUUUUCUUCCACAAGGCUCUCAUGAAAGACUUGGAAAACCUUGUCUUUGGUUCAGUUAAACUAGCUGAAAACUUUGGAUUCCUAACAGAGUUCCACCGACACUUCCAUCUCCUGCAGUUUUGGUAUCAAUUCCAUAGUGAUGCAGAGGAUGAAAUUGUCUUUCCAGCCCUGGAAGCUAAGGAAGAAGUUCGAAACAUUAGCCACUCCUACACCAUUGACCACAAGCUUGAAGUUGAAUACUUUAAUGAAGUUAGCCACUUGUUAGAUAAGAUAUCUGAACUGCGCAUUUCCGCUUCUACUGAUGAUCCGGAAAAGCAGGAUCUGAUACUGGUGAAGCACAAUCGAUUAUGUAUGAAACUCCAUUAUACAUGCAAGUCAAUGCAUAAACUACUGUCUGACCAUGUUCAUCGAGAAGAAGUUGAACUUUGGCCCAUGUUUAGAGAAUGCUUCUCCAUCCAAGAGCAAGAAAAGAUCAUUGGACGCAUGCUAGGGAACAUUAAAGCCGAAACGUUACAAGAUAUGAUACCCUGGCUUCUUGGUUCUUUAACACCUGAGGAACAAUGUGAAAUGAUGUCUUUAUGGCGUAAUGUGACAAAAAAUACAAUGUUUGAUGACUGGUUGCGAGAAUGGUUGGAAGGGUAUGACAUAGCUCAUGUGGCAACGGAGUUGAAUACUUCAUGUAAUCCUGAUCCUCUGGAUAUUAUUGCAACAUAUCUGCCUACAGAAGCCCUUGACAAACAAGGUGAUGAUCUCUAUGAUACCAUUGAGGUUUCACAAAGAGACUUUUAUAGUGUUAAUGUUGAGAAGCAAGAAGAAGAAAGUUUCGAUGAUAAAGUAAAUAUACAUCAUGGAGAUCGAAACAGUGAUGAAUGUUCAGAAUGUAAAAAACUACUUUGCGAGGGUGACAAGGAGAGAUUUAAUGAAGUUUCUAAUCUUACAAAUAAGACUGAUAAACCAGGCCAGCCUUUUCAAUUAACUCUGAAGUCCAAGUAUCAUGAGCGGCUAUUGAAAAUGAGUCAGGAUGAUAUGGAGGCAGCAAUAAGAAGAGUAUCUCGUGAAUCAUCCUUGGAUCAUCAGAAGAAAUCAUUCAUAAUCCAGAACCUGAUAAUGAGCCGUUGGAUUGUUCAUCAAAAGAUAUCUCAUACAGAAGUAACCAUCUCAAGUAAUGGUGGGGAAGAAAUUCCAGGUCAGCAUCCAUCUUAUCGGGAUUCUCCUGAACCAAUCCUGGGUUGCAAACACUAUAAAAGAAACUGUAAGCUUGUCAUGCCUUGUUGUAACAAGAUUUAUACGUGCAUACGUUGCCAUGAUGAGUUGGCUGAUCAUUCAACUGAUAGGAGAGCUAUUAGAAAGAUGAUGUGCAUGAAAUGCUUGAUUAUACAGCCAAUUGGAGGAACAUGCUCAUCUGUCUCCUGUAAUAAUUUAUCGAUGGGAAGAUACUAUUGCAGGAUCUGCAAAUUGCUUGAUGAUGAAAGGUGAAGGAGGCUCUGAAGAAGAUGAGGAUAAGGAGAGCAAACAGUCCUGGCUGAAUUCCUAUAGAAGUUUGGAAAAGCUAAGUGAAAGUGGAACUGUGGGAGGGGUGUGGUUGAUGAAAGCAUUCAAUAAGCUAUUAAAAACGAGUAAGAUACUUGAUAAUUUGAGGAACUCCCUUAUCCCUUAGAUAAAAAGAAAUUGGAUGAGCAAACUACAAAGUUGCACACAAUAUUGGGCACUAAACUUAAUAGAUACUGCAUUUAGUUCUGCGAAACGGUGCUUAGUAUGAUUAACUGAGAUGCCACAGGAUCUGGAAAAUAAAUUAGGUUUAAUGCCUGGGAGAUUGUCUACAGAGGUUAUUUUUCUCUUAAAAAGAAUAAGAAAUAUAGGAAGAAGAGACUUUCCUAUGGUCUUCAUGAUUUAGAGAAUGUUUAUGAUAAGAGUGCCAAGGAAAUAUUUUGGCAGGUGUUGGAGAAAUAAGGUACCCUGUCGAGUAUAUAACUUGAAAACAAAGUAUAUGCAUUACAAUUUUAGCAAUGCAUGGUUAUGUGGUGGUUAAUAACCAAUAUACAGUAAAGUCGAUAGAGUCUGAUCAUUUUCAACUAGUCACUAAACAAGAGGAGAAUAAAGAUGAGGAUAUUACGGGUGCCGUAGUUGGAUAGGCAGAUUAAAUGGAGAAAUAAGAUUAGAACCUUAUGCAUAGAAAAUCCUAAUAGGUUAAAAGUAAAUUUAAUAAACCUGUUAGUAGACAUUGAUGUAGAACAAGUAGAUGGAAUGGCAGAAGAUAUGAAACCUUGAAUCUACUUAGCUGAGCAGAAUCCACUAGGCUAAACCUUGAAAACCACAAAGGGUUCUUUGGCUCACAAUAAAUUAGGAUUCCUGAAAUCUAGAAGAGGAAAGAAAUGCCAAACUCAACUUUUCAUAUAUCAAACACUGUCCAACAAAGCUGAUAAAGGCAUAGCACAACCUUAAUUCAGAUAUGCCAAACUUAAAUUUUCACUCAUCAAAUGCUGUCACACAAAAGAAUUGUAGUUCUAUUUGGAUUGGUCCCCAUUCAGAUAUGCUCCAUGUUUCUAAAUGUAGCUGAGAUGCAGAUGUUAAAAUGGAUGUGCAGCAAGAAACAAAUAUAUUCUGUCUGCUUUCUCAGUCGCUAGAUUUCAGAGUCUACAAGAAUUUCAUUACAGUAUAUUAUCAUAAUUCGGGACUUACAUUGCAAGAUAAUCCCAUCAUAAAUUAUCAUAACAAAAUUAUACCCUCCCCUUCAAUGUUCAGAUCUAUCCAAAUUUGAUCUUCCACAUAAUCUCAAAACAUAUAGACAUUCUUUCCUUGUUAUUUAGGCAAUCUGUGUCUCUUCUCUAAAAAGGAAGUUCAAUGUGCUUUCAAUAUUUGUAAUCUUUACUCCAACAUUUUCUCUUUUAUUGUUCAUCCUCCUCCUUUUAUGUUGACAAUUAUAUAUGGUAAUAGUGCUCUCCUGCAUCAGGUCUCUGUCUAUAUAUUUUAUUUGAGUUUUUUUUGUAAAGUCCAAACUGUCA